CCUCAGCAACAAACUUCAGAGUGAAAUAAUCUGCUGUUCUAGAACUUUGUAAAGACUUAAGCUGUCAUAGCUCCAGGAUCUCUGGAAGUUCAAAAUCUCUGCGGUUUUGAAAUGUCUUUGUUGAGUCACAUCCUUGUACCUCCAGGAAGGGCAGGUGUAGAGAAAUGUACCCAGGGACCCAGUAUGUCGAUGGACGUGGAGAUUGUGGGCAUCGUCCUGGGAGUCAUAGGAUUAAUCACCACCAUUGUAGUGUGUGCACUCCCCACCUGGAUGGAGACGACCUUCACAGCAGCUAUCUUUGUCACCACGGAGGUGGUCUGGGACGGCCUGUGGAUAAGCUGUGUGAAAAGGAGCACGAGCCACAUUCAGUGUGAAGUCUACGACUCCAUGCCAAGCUCCGCAUGGAGCUCCAACCUGCAGGCCACCAGAGCCAUGACCAUCAUGGCUAUUAUCCUGGGGAUUCUGGGAGUCAUGGUCUCCAUGGUCGGGCACAAGACCACCAACUACAUUAAGGGCAAGAUAUACAAGUUGAUCAUUAUAACAGGAAUAUUCUUCAUCCUGGCCGGAUUUCUCAUCCUCAUUCCUGUCUCCUGGAAGGCCAGGGAAAUCCUCAGCGACUCCUCCAAUAAGUUGACUAGAGAGAAGAGGGAACUGGGGGGAGCGCUCUACUUCGGCUGGGGGGCUGCAGCCUUUCUCCUGAUUGGAGGGGCCAUACUUAGCAGAACUCUGUAUACAAGUGGAACAGAGGUCGCGGCCAUCACCACGGGGGUCAUAGGAUGGAUAAUCUCCAUGGUGACCUGGUCAUGUGCUUUAGGAAUGUUAGACCUUCUGCAGUACAGAAGGAAACUGAUUGUAUCCUUCUCCUCCUUCUCCUUUAUGCUCGGGCUGAUAUUAUUUAUAGGGCUGAUAUUCUUCCUCUACAGAUCAAAGUGCACUAACUGCAUCAAGAGGAAUCCGUCUAAAGCCGAAGUGAUUAACUUUAUUGGACUAUUGUUCAUCAUGGCUGGUUUAACCCAGCUGAUCUUUACCUCCUUUGUUGCCUUCGACUUGACACAAAACCCUGACAACUUCCUGCAGAGUAAUGGCCUUAUGUUUUCAGCUGAACCCGUUAGGUGGGCUGCUUCAAUGCUUCUAAUAGGAGGGACUAUACUCUGCUGCUGCUGCUGCUUUAAAAAGAAAAGCCUGAGUUGA